UAUUCUAGCAGCCAAUCAACGCACAGGAUACAUAUUUCGCUAGAUGCAGUAGUAGUAGCAUCAACAUUGAGAAAUAUUCAUGAGAUUUAUUUUAGAUUGCACUUAAAUUUCGAUGUUUUGAGCCAUUAUGAAUGCACAGAACCCAGCAGGUCCUCAGGGAACGGAGGAAGCGGACUUGCAUGUUCUGCUUCACGCCGUGUCAACAUGUUCAGGGCUAGCUGUCCAACAAAUUAUAACACAGAAACCACACCUACUGAACAUGAAAGGUUGGCACGGGCACACACCCCUGCACAAGGCUUGUCUUUCUGGUGAUGUUAACAUGGUAAAACUUCUGUGUGAGUUUGGAGCAGACACAAACAUACGCAAUGACUUCCAAGAGACCCCAGUUCACUACGCAGCCAAGAGAGGAAUUCCCACCCUGGUCAAUAUCUUGAGAUACUAUGGGGCCAAAUUAGAUGCAAGGGACACCUCAGGGAAGACACCUGUUCACAAUGCCGCCCAGACUGGAAGCGUGUACAUGUUAAAAUAUUUUGAAGAGCAGGGGUUUGGGUUUCGGGAUGUGGAUGACAGUGGGCAGACCCCUCUCCAUUGUUCCUGCCAGUUUGGACACCUGGAGGCAUUCAAGUUCCUGCUCAAGAAAGGGAGGACUGAUCCAUCAAUACAAGAUAAGGAAGGAAACACAGCCCUACACAUCUGUAUACGGGAAGGCUACGCCCAUGGCACCUGGCUGCUGAUACAGUACUUAGGGCUCUCAUGUCUGCAGGUUCCUAACAGACAAGGUCUUACAGCACAAGACAUCUUAGAGCAGUUUGAAACAUCCAAGAAACCUGGACAUAAGGUCAUUGGACCUCUCCUAAAGGAGCUAUCUAAGCAGCCCAAGAACAAGAAACAGAAGGGUCCAGUUGGCACCUGGUAUUUCAACCUACUCAUGCCAACCGUCUUGUACGCUCUUGCUAUCCUACUAGCUGAGUUUGUGAUUUACGAUUACCAGGGGGUGGUGUUCCUUUUUGCUGUUGGCUUCAUUGUGAGGACGGCCUCCCGAGCGUCACACAGACUAAACCACGUCUCCAGAUGGUCCAAUCCAUUGUUUGCUGGUACAUUCGCUGCUGGAAUGCUGCAUACAAUGUUGUUAGCUUACUGCAAGAUUAUGCCAGCUGUCCCUUAUGAUGUGUUUGGUUCCCUGGAGUUCUACCUGAUCAUCCUGUUGAACAUUGGCCAGAUCUAUCUGUACUACCAGCUUCUUAAGGCCGAUCCAGGUGUGGUAACAUCAAGCAUUGCUGAUGAGAAGACAGGCCAGCCAAUGACAUUGACCCAGUUGUGUGACAGCAUAGCUCCACUGGAUCAGUUCUGUACAGACUGUGAGAUUGUAAGAAUGAAGACGACGAAGCACUGCAAGUUGUGUGAACGUUGUUACUACCGCAUGGACCACCAUUGCCUAUUCCUGCUGAAAUGCAUCGGCUACAAAAACCAUGCACGCUUUGUGUGGUUUAUAAUUAUGACAGUGUUUAACAUGGGGUAUUUCCUGGUAAAAGCUGUUAUGUAUUCACUGGUGAAAUACAAUGCGCUUACGUAUAGCGAAAUUGCCAUACGUAUGUUUCAAGUGGAAGGCUGGAUGAUAAGUAUGAUUUGUUUAAACAUUGUUAGUGCUAUAUGGGCCACAAAUCUCAUUCACUACCAGCUGAAUGUCGUUUCAAGGGGCCAUACAUCCUAUUUCCAACGAGACGUCAGUACCUUGACGCCUAUGGAAAAAGUUACAAAUGUGAUCAACUUUUUGCUUGGAAAACCAUUGAUUUUGUCGGACUUAGACUUUAACUUACCAAAGAAAAAUUUAGAUCUUGAUAGAAAUUAUGUGCAUAAUGUUUAAAUUCCAUGCCUUUAUGUGUUAAUAUUUAUUGGCCAAAAGUAUUAUAUCUCUCAAUAUGCUGUGUGCUAGACUGCCAUGCCUCAAGUAUGGUAUUAUAAGUUACGGGGUUAUUAGGUGACCUGAUAUGGGAUAUACUGGGCAAAGGAACCCAUAUCGGGUGAGAGUAAAGCUCGAACCUGAAUAUGGUUUUCUGCGCCCCUUAUAUACACUUAUAUACCAUAUCGGGUCAUUUACUAACCCUUUUACAUAUAUAUCACAUGUUUACAUGUUCAAAUGCUUAAUUUAUUCAUCGGAAUAUUCAUUGGAAAAUAGACACCAUUUUAAUACAAUAUAAAUUUGUUGACCCAAUAUUGAAAAAUAUGGGGUCACUGCGUGACCAGUCCUUGACCAAUGGCGUUGCGUCAUUUAUGUGGGAGGCGUGAUUGAAAUCCUUAAAUGGAGCUGCUUGACUUUAUUUAUGCCUACCAUAUUAUGUUCUGCAUUUCAAACCAUUUUUUACUUGUCUGUUUUUUAUUUAUUUAUUUUUUUGUACUUUUCUACUAUAUAAUGUUUAUAAUAGUAAUUGUUAUUGAAAUGAUAGGCUAUCCGGUUAGCGCAGUGGUUAGCGCACUUGCUGCUCACCAAGGUGACCCAGGUUUGAUUCCCGGCCUUGGCGUCUGUGGGUUUGAUUAGUGGUUACCAAGCUGGACAAGUGGGUUUUCUCUGGGUUCUCAGGUCUUCCUCACAACACAAAACCACACCCUCAUGCAACAUCGUGCCAACGAGAGUUAUCAUACAUUUCUGCACAAUCUUUGUAAAAUAUAUGUUUAAACAAAAUAAUGUUUUAUAUUACAAUGAAUGUAGUGUUCAAAUAGAAUGAGCCGUGAGACAAAAAAUUUAAACUUUAUAAACAACGCUCUAUGUGUGUAAAUAUAUUAGUAUUGCAUAUACAUGAAAUAUACAUCAAGAAAUGUUGUCAUGUUGCUGUGUUACUUUGUAUUUUUGUUUUGUAAAUGUUAACAAGAGUGUGAGGGUUUUUGAGCUGUAGGUGAGUGUGUUACAGUCUUCUUACUGUAAGGGAGAAUUUUAUGGAGGUUUUAACUGUUAGCGAGAAUGUUAGGGUCUUCUUACGAUUAGAGGAAUUUUAUUGGUUUUUUAACUGUUAGCAAGAAUGUUCCAGUUUUUGGAACUAUUAGUAAGAAUUUUAGGGGUUUUGAAACUGUUAGCAAGAAUGUUAUGGUGUUUGGAACUGUGAGCGAGAAUGUUAUGGUGUUUGGAACUGUGAGCAAGAAUGUUAUGGUGUUUGAAACUGUUAGCGAGAAUGUUAUGGUGUUUGGAACUGUUAGCGAGAAUGUUAUGGUGUUUGGAACUGUGAGCGAGAAUGUUAUGGUGUUUGGAACUGUUAGCGAGAAUGUUAUGGUGUUUGGAACUGUUAGCGAGAAUGUUAUGGUGUUUGGAACUGUGAACGAGAAUGUUAUGGUGUUUGGAACUGUAAGAGAGAAUGUUAUGGUGUUUGGAACUGUGAGCGAGAAUGUUAUGGUGUUUGGAACUGUUAGCGAGAAUGUUAUGGUGUUUGGAACUGUGAACGAGAAUGUUAUGGUGUUUGGAACUGUUAGCAAGAAUGAUAUGGUGUUUGGAACUAUGAGCGAGAAUGUUAUGGUGUUUGGAACUGUAAGAGAGAAUGUUAUGGUGUUUGGAACUGUAAGAGAGAAUGUUAUGGUGUUUGGAACUGUGAGCGAGAAUGUUAUGGUGUUUGGAACUGUGAGCGAGAAUGUUAUGGUGUUUGGAACUGUAAGAGAGAAUGUUAUGGUGUUUGGAACUGUGAGCGAGAAUGUUAUGGUGUUUGGAACUGUGAGCGAGAAUGUUAUGGUGUUUGGAACUGUAAGAGAGAAUGUUAUGGUGUUUGGAACUGUGAGUGAGAAUGUUAUGGUGUUUGGAACUAUGGGCGAGAAUGUUAUGGUGUUUGGAACUGUGAGCGAGAAUGUUAUGGUGUUUGGAACUGUGAGCGAGAAUGUUAUGUUUUUGGAACUGUAAGAGAGAAUGUUAGGAUUUUUGUUAUGGUUAGUUAGUUACUGUAAGCAAAAACGUUAGGGUGUUGUUACUGUUAGCCGAUUGUCACAGUUUUUGGAACUGUUAGCGAGAAUGUUAAGGAUUUUAUAUCUGUUAGCAAGAAUGAUAGGGAUAUUAUAACUGAUAUAAAAAACGUUUGGGUUUUGUAACUUGAAGCAAGAUUGUUUAGAGCUUUAAACAAGUAUGCUAGGAAAGAAUGUUAGACUUAGAGGUAAACCAGGUAAGGAGUCCUAAACCACACUUAAAGAUCUAAACAUUUUAUCAACAAAAUAUACUGCUUAUAAGGUCAUCUAAGAUAUAUGUACAUGUAUGCUUAACGAAGCAACAAGCUAUCUGCUUAAAGUGGUUCAUAUGUAUUUGCAGGCAUGAUUACGAACAGUCUCUAGUCUAGACUUAGACUCAGACUCUUUUAUUAAAGUGACACUCUUAUUCAAAAUCAAUACAUACACAUCAAUUUUGACUGACAAAUUUUUAACUACUUACUAAAUAAUGCAUUUGUGGAAAAUAUUAAUAACUUGUAACAUGAUUGUAACUGUGUAUUUAAUUGCAGAAAGCGCAAAAAUAUUAAAUGAUUGGUGAAUGCUAAAAGUUUUACUGUGAUCAACUAUCGUCUCACAAGGUAGAAAUACCGUGUUUUAUGCUCGAUUAUUUCAAAUUAAACUCGGGAUCCUUCAUAAGUACCAUUGUUUUCGACAUUUAUUCAUCCAGUUUGGAAUAUUAAAACAAUAAUAUUAUAAAUUGUGGUAAAUCUUAUAUGGGAGUAAGAGUGCAUCUUUAAAUUAUUAAAAAACAUUUUUAUUCCAUUUGUUUUACAUUUUUUUUAUAUAUUUGUACAAUUUUGAAUAUUAAGUGUAUUAUUACACUUAAUACAGUAAAUGUCCUAUUAAAUGUCCAGCUUAUUAAAUUCAGCAAAUUUCGUUAGUAAGAAAGUUAAAAUUAAAGGAUUAAAUGAAGACUUACAGUUGUGCCAUUUGUCUGAACUCAGACUUGAGACUGUUCCUAAUCGUGAUCCCUGAACAGAACGCAUUUUAUAUAGAAACAAGCAUACAGCUUAUGAUUUCUCUUGAUUAAUAGUAUUUUUCAUUUUUUUUUUUUAAAUGCAAAUGAUUUUCUUUAUGAAAAAGAUGAAUUAAUAUGUAAAAGAAGAACUUGUACCUGGACUUGCUGAAAUUUUAUUUGGUAAAUGUUUUAACAACCCAUGACAUAUAUUUAUAAAUGUAUAACUAAAAUCUGUUUUAUGGUUCAAGACAACUUUCUAUAGAACUACGCAAAUAAAGCAUGGAUUCAACUUAAAACGGUAUAUUGAUCAUGAUUGUUUAUUGUGUAUUUCUGUUAUUGGAAUAUUCAAGAUAUAUUUGUUUUGUGAAGAAAUAAUUAUUUUUGCA